AUGCGGACAAACGAGACAGAGAGGCGGAUGAGUCAUCGCAAUGCUAGCAGUAACGGCGUGGCCUCGCAGACCGAUGGUGUGCGGAAUCGAGCGGACGUUGCUGCACCAGGAGCAACACCAGCAGCAGACGAACGACUGGCAGUAAUGGCAGCUAUCGCGAAGGAGGUGGCAGAGCAGUCGGAGGCUUACUCGACUGAAUUGGAGAUGGAGCUCCAUCGAUUGAAUGCGGAGAAUCAAGCACUUCGAGAACUGCUUGCCAUUGAGACUGCCAAUUCCAUUCCCCCUUCCUCCGCUGGCGCUGGCGCCGGUACCGCCAAUUGCAACACUGCAAUAUCCUCCACGGCCUUAAGAGAGUCAAAUGGUAGUGCUGCAUCAAAGCCCAGA